UGUUGGGGGGGGACACACUGGAGGCCUGGUGCCACUGCUGUGCCCCAAACCCCCUUCUGGGACACCCCAAAGGCGGGUAGUGCAGGAAGCCAGAGCCAGCAGCACUCGUCUGGGAUGGGGAUGGUGCUGGGACCCUCUCGGGGCACAUCCCUGCCGCCCCCCGCCAUGCCCGCCGCCCUCCGCCUGCUCUGCGGGGUGGUGGUGCCGGCUGCCAUGCUGUGCACCGAGCCCCUGCCCCGCAUCACCUUCCCCAGCGAGGACCCACGGCGGACCCUCACCCACUUCAGCCAGGACAACGUCUCACACUAUGACAUCUUCCUCCUGGAUGAGAGUGAGGAGGAGCUGUAUGUGGGGGCACGUGACCGGGUGCUGGCCCUCACUGUCACCCCCGGCAGCAUCCGUGCAAGAGCCUCGAUAAUGUGGGGACCCACGGCUGAGAAAACCUCUGAGUGUGCUUUUAAGAAGAAGAGCCAAGAGACCGAGUGCUUCAACUUCAUCCGAGUCCUGGUGGCCCUGAACCAGACUCACCUCUACGUCUGUGGGACCUAUGCCUUCAGCCCUGCAUGCACCUACAUCCACCUGGAGAACUUCACAUUGGUGUCCAGCAGCAGAGGACAACCCUUCCUGGAUGGGAAGGGCCAGUGCCCCUUUGACCCCCAGCACAACUACACGGCCCUGCUGGUGGAUGGUGAGCUCUACACUGGCACCAUGAACAACUUCCAGGGCAACGAGCCCAUCAUCUCCCGCUCGCUGGGCACCCGCACCCUGCUCAAGACAGACGCCUUCCUGCGCUGGCUCUCAGAUGACGCUGCCUUCGUGGCCUCCUUCAGCAUCCCUGGGGACGACAAGGUCUACUUCUUCUUCGAGGAGACGGCCGAAGAGUUCGACUUCUUCGAGCGGCUCCUGGUGCCGCGGGUGGCCCGUGUCUGCAAGAGCGAUGUGGGGGGGGACAAGGUGUUGCAGAAGAAGUGGACGACAUUCCUGAAGGCACAGCUCGUGUGCUCCCAGCCCGGCCACUUCCCCUUCAACGUCAUCCACCAUGCCUUUGCCCUGCCCCGCCAUGGUGGCGGCGCCGACUUCUAUGCCGUCUUCACCUCGCAGUGGCAGGCAGGCAGGGCGGGCAGCGCCGCCGUCUGUGCCUACAGCCAGAAGGAUCUGGAGAAGGUCUUCGAGGGCAAGUACAAGGAGCUGAACAAGGAGAGCUCCCGUUGGACUGUCUACAGUGGCCCUGACAUGAGUCCCCGGCCUGGCAGUUGCUCCGUGGCUCCCUCCUCAGACAAAGCCCUCACCUUCAUGAAAGACCAUUUCCUGAUGGAUGAGAAGGUGUCACCCAUCCAGGGGAGGCCACUCCUGGUGAAGUCAGAUGUCACCUACACACGCAUUGCAGUGGAUGAGACUCGUGGCAUCUCAGGGACCACCUACCGUGUCCUGUUCCUGGCCACAGCGAAGGGUCUCCUGCAUAAGGCAGUGGAGCUGCCCGAGGGUCCCCACAUCGUGGAGAGCAUUGAGCUCUUCCGGACGCCGGAGCCAGUGAAGAACCUGCUGCUGGCCCCAGGGAAGGGCACCAUCUAUGUGGGCUACUCCAGAGGUGUCCUCCAGGUCCCACUGGCCAACUGCAGCCUGCACCGGAGCUGCGCCGAGUGUGUGCUGGCACGGGACCCCUACUGCGCCUGGCAUAGCCCCGAGGGCUCCUGCCAGCCCACCCACAUGGCCACUGAGGACAGGAGCAUGUGGCUGCAGGACAUCGAGACGGGGAGCCCGGCCACCACAUGCCACCGUGGGAGGAGCGUGGCCAUGCCCCGGGCCUGGGGGCCACCAGAGGAUUCCACCAUACAGGUGCUCAACCCCCAGCCAAACACCAUCGUCCACCUGCUGUGCCCUCGCCACUCUGCACUGGCCACCUACAGCUGGCAGCAGCCCAGCAGUGCCCAGGAGAACAUGAUGCAACUGCCUGACCACACGCUGGUGGUCAUCAUGCAGCCAGGGACAGCCGGCAUCUACAAGUGCCAGGCCAUGGAGAACGGCUACACCUGGACCGUGGCUCACUAUCAGCUCAAAGGCUCUGCUGAGGUGGCCCUGGGGGAUGGGCUGGAUGAGGAGGAGCUGGCCUGGGGGUCCUCGGCCAUUGGCACCCCCGUGUCAUAUUGGUCGCAGUUUGUGACGGUGACGGUGCUGCUGGUGGUGACAGUGACCGCGGCUGCCUGCCUGGCCCUGCUCGCCUACCGCGACCAGCUCAAGGCCCGCAGCAAGGUGCGGGGCUGCAGCGCUCCCCACAGCCCCCCGUCCCGCCACCGGGAGAAGGUGCCCCUCAACGGGGGCACUGGAGAGCCCCCGGCGCCCGGAGCUGCCGCUGAGGAGGAGGAGGAGGACGAAGGCUCCCAUGCUUGCUGCCUCCAACUCGAUGGGGACAUCGAUGUGGACAACAACCGGCUCCACGUGCCGGGGCAGAACACGGCGUGACACUGUCAG